AUGGCCGUCUCGACAUGCUGUUUGAAAGCUUUCGAGUGGGACGGCACCCCGACUGGCCGCAUCGAAAGGAUCAAUGACACGGAUGUCUACAUCGCCGGCGACAAUCCCAACGUCGGCAUCCUCUAUGUACACGACCUCUUGGGCUGGACAUUCCCGAACGCGCGACUUCUCGCUGAUCACUACGCCCGCGAAGCAAAUGUGACGGUCUACGUUCCCGACUUCUUCGGCGGUGAGGUUCUUGCUUUCGAGCCUCUUCUCAACGGCCGCUUCCACGAACUUGACCUCCCGGGUUUCAUGCAGAGAAACGCCCGCGACAUCCGCGAACCGGAAAUCUUCGGAUUCGCCCGGACUCUACGCGAGAAGCACAAGAAAGUGGGUGCUAUCGGCUUCUGCUACGGAGGCUGGGCAGCAUUCCGACUCGGGGCUGGCGAGCACCAGCCGCCCCUAGUAGACUGCAUCGCGGUUGGGCACCCUAGCCUGUUGACGAAGGAGGAUAUUGAUGGCGUUUCUGUUCCUGUUCAGGUCCUGGCCCCUGAGUUUGACGUUGUCUUCACCGCGGAACUGAAGUCGCAUUUCUUUGAGACGGCUGUCAAGAAGGCUGUUGCCUUUGAGUACCACCAUUUCCCGGGAGUUGAGCAUGCUUGUCUGGUUCGGGGUGAUCCGAACAAACAAGGCGAACGAGAUGCUAUGGUCCGUGGGAAGUCCGCCGCUGUCAACUGGUUUCAACAGCAUCUCCAAUAA